UCCUUAAGUACUUAUUUUGGUCUUUUACACCAUUUUGUAUAAUACACGAGACAUGUAAGUAGACAUAAACGAAAAGACAAAGUAACCUUUGAUCUUCUUGGAUUAUGGUUCGUUCAACCUGUCAUUCAUUUUUUAUAUUUUUAUACAAAUUUGGAAAUGUCCAACACAAUAUAAAUCCGAGUUAGUAAACCCGUCCAGUCAGUCAAAAUGCAAAUAUUGGUAUAGCAGUUUGCACAUAUAAAAAGUCCUCCAUACGACAAUGAAAUCUUUAAUAGUUGCCAUUUUGGCGACAAUUCUGUCUUUCGCCACAGCAGAUCCACUAAACGUUGCCGAUUUUUCGGACGGUCUUUGUACCCGACCUCCACCCGCCCACAACUUUUCGAGUGUCCUCCCCCUGUUCGCCACGCCACAAGUCUACGUGUCCUAUUUGAUGAGCAAGUCAUGUGCCCUGAGGUACUACGAGACCUACAACAAUGGCACCCAAGCACCCGAUUGGGCAGCGGUGAACGGUAUUUGCUACAACAUAAUGUUUGUAGAAACUCUGGCUCUCCAGAGUGGUUAUAAGCAGACAAAAGUAUGGAUUGACCACGCACUUCCGGAUGUUUCGUACACCACGUCUCCUGGUGUCUUCCUUUUUACGAACACGCUGCAAAAAAGCAAGGGAGUGAAUCCGGCCAAUCAAGAAAACACCCUCCAGACAACCGUGUGGAGCGACGGGACGAAACACUCUCUCACCGUUCGGUGCGUCAACAAUGCGACCCAGGACUGGAUUUUGUACAGCGUGGGGACCCCCGAUCCUUGGGCGAAGGACCUCGUACUCAAAAUGGUCGCAGAUCUUGGCAUGAAUGCAGUAAAUUUUGUCGAAUUCACAACAUGUACUGAUCCACCUGCCGCACCGCAGUACACUUUAAAUAUCCUGAGCGCCUUAGGGAUUGAAACGCCGACACUUUUGAACCCUUUCACAAAUGUCCUUGGAAUUUUGGACGGUGAAGGUCUCGGGGUUUUGUAUCAAGUUUUGAAACCCAUUCUGCCAUUGUUACCUGGAGUUGGAUAAUUUAUCUACAAAGUGGUUUGAAUUGCAUGAGUACGAAUAAAUUCGAUUUGAUUAUUUAAGAAAUAAAAUUAUACCACGCAGUCGA